UUGAAUUAUAAUUGAAGUUAUUAUUUUUAAUAAAUUUUAGUUUUUUUUCUACGUAAUAUUUUUGAUAUUUUUAAUUAGACUAUCUACGAAAAUUAUCUGUCUUCCGUACCGGCAUUGCUUGUGAAUUCUGAAGUUACGAGUCUUAUAAACGCGAGAUAACUUUUAUCAAAAUAAAACCUAGUCAACCUCACAUAUAAAACCAACAUGUUUUUUUCGUGUCUCAUUAUAUAAAUAGUGUUAAUAUAUGUUAGUGCUGUAUCAUAAUACUGUAUGUACUGGCUAUCAGUUUAGUACUGAACUUUACACUUAGUAGCCCUUCUUCCAUUUGUCUACUAGUCUAAUAUUAAAGUUUACGGGUAGAUAUUAAUAAAAUGUAUAACGACUAAAAGUAUAAUACGUCAAACGUAGAACUAAUUUAUGUAAAUCGGCGGCAUUGAAUUUCCUACUCGUAUCUGAAUCUAAGCGAAUCAAAAAUAGACUUGAAUUCAGCCAUAAGCCAAGAAACAUGGAAUUGUCAUUAGUAUUAUUUUAAGGCUAAAUCAACGAUGAAACUCUGAAUGUCACGUUAGCCUCCUGUUAAUCAGUCAUUACGGGAUAGAAAAAUUCACAGUGUCAAAGCGCUCAAACGGCUACGUACACGAAUACCCGGACUAAGAAAUUCACAUACAAAAUUUACAGUAAAUAAUACCAGAGAUCAUCAUGUCGACCAGUCUGAUGAAAACGUUGGCGAGCAGAAAUUCGCUUCAGCGACUUGGAAAUUUAUGUCGCAAUGGUUCUACCUCUAGUACCGAUCCCUGUGGCACCUAUGACCUGGUGGUCGUCGGCGGUGGUAUCGUGGGAUGCGCCACAGCAAGAGAAAUGCUCAGCAGGCAUCCGUCUUUAAAGAUAGCGAUUGUUGAAAAGGAAAAGGCCGUAGCGAUGCAUCAAACUGGACACAAUAGUGGUGUCGUACACGCUGGCAUUUAUUACACUCCUGGGAGUAUGAAGGCUAAACUAUGCGUAGAGGGGUUGAAACUCUCUUACGAUUAUUUCUGCAAAAAUGAUAUUCCACACAAGAAAAUUGGAAAGCUGAUUGUAGCGAAAAAUGAAAAAGAAGUUAAGAGGAUAGACGAAUUACAUCAACGUGGAUUAAAGAAUAACGUACCGGAUCUUGAGCUAGUUGAGAGAGAUUGUAUAGGAAAUUAUCAACCUAAUUGCCAGGGACAAAAGGCAAUAUGGUCACCGUGGACAGGUAUUGUCGACUGGGGUCUAGUCUGCAACCAUUUUGCUGAAGAUUUUAAAAAAAUGGGUGGAGAGAUUCAUUUAAAUUUUGAAGUAACUGGAUUUUCUGAAUUGGCUGAAUCUAAAGGAAAAGGUGAAUUAGUACCGAUAUCAGUUCAAUCCAAAAAUAAAUGUAUCUUAGCGAAAUAUGUACUGACGUGCGGAGGCUUACAUUCCGAUCGAUUGGCCGUGAUGACUGGUUGCGAUUUAAAUCCACGAAUAGUACCAUUCCGUGGGGAAUACCUCUUAUUGAGUGACAGUAAAAAAUCAAUAUGCGUUACGAACAUUUAUCCAGUUCCGGAUGCCAGGUUUCCUUUUCUGGGAGUUCAUUUCACUCCAAGAAUGAGCGGUGAUAUUUGGUUGGGUCCUAAUGCUGUUUUGGCAUUUGCCAGAGAAGGUUACAGCUGGUUUGACAUAAACGUGAGGGAUUGUAUAGAGAUGGCUAAAUUCCCAGGACUGUAUAAACUGUGCUUUAAAUACAUUGUGCCGGGGCUUCAUGAAGUUUUGAAAUCUGUUUUCUAUCCUCUGGCUGUAAAAGAUCUUCAGAAAUUUAUGCCAGAAAUCUCUGUCAAGGAUGUAAAAAGGGGUCCUGCGGGUGUCAGAGCACAGGCAUUGGAUAAAGAUGGUAACCUGGUAGAUGAUUUUGUGUUUGAUGGAGGUGAAGGAAGUAUUGGUAAAAGAGUACUUCAUUGUCGGAAUGCUCCAUCCCCGGCAGCAACUAGUAGUAUGGCGAUAGCGAAACAUAUAUCUGACAAACUUGAAACAGAUUUUAAGUUUUAGUACAUUUAUAGAAUAUUAAUUAUACUAGACUGAAGUCUCAGUUUUUCUAAAAUAAUUUUUGUCUCGUACGGGACAUCUAAAAUGAAAUGAUCACACCAGAAGUUGUAUUCAUUACUGUGCUGAAACAUUUUUGUUUAUACAAAUGGACAUCGAUAAGUAUGAAAUAAUCAACUGAAGAAUUUACAAAAGUACAAAGCUUUGCGCUUUGAUAUAUUUUAGUACUCUAUACACAAAUUUAUCACUUUAUCUUACACAAAACUAUUUACUUUGUUUACUGUAAAUACAGAUGGUAUUUAUUUGUAAUAUUUUGCAAAUCUCAGCGUUAGAACCCUCCAUACGCAGUAUUUACUCGUGAUUGUUUAUAGAUGCCAUGCGUCCUUUAUGUGCACAUGUAAAUAUCGUAAGCCCAAUAACUUUCGUGACUUUACUGGAUCAUGUAUGAAUAUUAGUUAUUACCGUUAUUCGUUUAAUAGUUUUAUGAGAAAACUAUGAGCGAUUUAUAAACAAAUGUAUUUUUUAAUGUCGUAGUAACGACUAAUGUAUUUUGUUUAAAAAUAAUAUAUUUGUAUGCCGUAUUAGAAUUAUUGUAAAACGUUGAUUUAUAUAUAAUUUAUUAUAUUUACAAGAUUCGCAGUAAAUAAAACGCCACUACGUGUCAUUCUCAUAAUUAAAAUAUUAGUGUAGUAUUAUUCCAUUCGUGGUUACUUUGUUCUUUGGAAACUUAAAUUUAUGAUACAAAAUAUAUCUAGCACCUUGAUAAUA